AUGUUUCAGACCAAGCUGUCUCAAACUCUCUUGUCACUUAUUCUUCCAAAUCAUUCGUUACGAACAGUGCAAAUGACAGCAUUUGCUGUGCUUGCGGAAAGAUCAUUGCUUUCCCUCUGGUGCAAGUACUUUUUGCUUGGAAGGGUUCGUUUCUUCCGUUCACAUUCAACAAGUAUUUUGCGGUUAUUGCGCACUGUGGCGCCAAAGUCUGUUUUUAAAAUGCUAACACUCUACGAGAAAUCAAUAGCACGUUUGAAUGGUUUACAAAAUAAUGCAGCGACAAUCCGAAAAUCGCUAAAUCAGUGUGAUCGAAUGUCUAAUGUAAAUCAUGACCUAACAAAGUGGUGUCUUGAAAAAUGCAAUAUUAAACUUGAAGAAAUUGACAGAUUGAACGUAAUACAUGUUAGCGGCACUAAAGGUAAGGGCUCGACAUGUGCAUUCACUGAAUCAAUCCUACGACAGUUUGGAUUCAAAACUGGUUUCUAUAGUUCUCCACAUCUUGUUCAUGUUCGUGAACGCAUCAGAAUCAAUGGUGAUCCAUUAUCGGAGGAAGAUUUUGUCAAGUAUUUUGAACACAUUUAUAGUUUAUUGGAAAAAGCAGUCGAGGAAUCAAAUAAAACUGUAACGAUGCCUUCAUAUUUCAAAUUCCUCACAGUAAUGGCAUUUCACGUUUUUAUCAAGGAAAAAGUUGAUGUUGCAAUUGUAGAAGUUGGCAUUGGUGGUGAGCAUGACUGCACCAAUAUUAUUCAAAACCCUGUAGUUUGCGGUGUAACUACUUUGGACUACGAUCACAUGCCACUGCUUGGUUCGACAAUUGAAUUAAUUGCUUGGCACAAGGCAGGUAUUUUCAAAAGUGAUGGUAUAGCUAUCGUUUCGGAACAGCCGGACGGAGCAAUGAAAGUAUUAAAGGAGCGAGCGACUUCUAAAAAUUGUCUUAUGCAGAUAGCUCCACCAUUCAGUGCAUACGCUUGGCCAGUUAACAAAGUCGAGUAUGGUAUACCUGGUAUUCAUCAACAACUGAAUAUAACGCUUGCAUUCCAAAUGGUCAAGUUGUGGCUAGAAAAAGUUCAUAAAUCCACUAAUUUGUUCAAGCAUGUUGAAAACAUGCAGGUGUCAAAUUCAGAAGUGUUGCCUGGUUUCGUUGUACCACAGAAGUUUCUAGAUGGUAUUCGUUUGUGCCAAUGGCUAGGUAGAAGCCAGAUAAUUGAACGUGGAUCGGUGACAUACUACCUUGAUGGGGCACACACACCGAAAAGUUUAGAAUGUUGCAUGAAAUGGUUUUUAGACGAAAAUCAAAGUGCGAGAAGAUCAUGGAAAUAUGAUCCGUUUAUGAUAAUGCUAUUUCAUUGUACAGGCUGCAGGGAUCCUUCUAUGUUUCUACUAGAAUUAAGCAAAUAUGAUUUCAAAUUGGCAUUAUUUUGUCCGCCUCGACUAAAUCCUGUGAUAGAUCAACAUUCUCAUCAUGCCAAUUACACUUGCUCAAGUUAUGAAGAGUUGGUCAGAGUUGCUGAUCAUGCCUCUAUAUGGAGAAGUUUUGGAUAUGCUGAUACGGCAGCUGAGGAAUUUGACUGUGUCCGGAAGGCAAUUGAGAGAAUUGAAAAGUUGGGAGUUGCAAAGAAUGAAGUUAUCGUUUUGGUGACAGGUAGCUUGCAUCUAGUCGGUAGUGUCCUUGCUGCUCUUGAAUUUGAAGUUUGA